AUGGCCUCAUGCGGCGACGAUGCUGCUAGCGACGCCCGCGCGCUCCUCGAGAAGAACAUCAAGCUCAACGCCGACGUCAACGACAUGAGCGGGACCUUUUACCAGGGCAAGGCCGGGUACAAGAAUUAUGUGACAAAGAAGGAGUCGCAAGCCGGCAUGAACAAGUACACGGGCACGCAAGGUCCGAUCCGCGCGCAGACGUGGGCCCGAUCCAUUUGCCGCUUUGACUAUGCGCCAGAUGUGUGCAAGGACUACAAGGAGACGGGCUUUUGCGGCUUUGGCGACAGCUGCAAGUUUAUGCACGACCGUGGCGACUACAAGUCGGGCUGGCAGAUCGACAAGGAGUGGGACGAGAAGGAGCGCAAGAAGAAGCAAGCGCUGGCCGCGGGGCUGGAGUACAACUCGGACGGCUCGGACGACGACAAGUACGUCAUCAAGAGUGAUGACGACGAAGGCCAGUUUGCUUGCACGAUCUGCCGCCAGCCGUUUACAAAGGCCGUCGAGACGUUGUGCGGGCACUUCUUCUGCGAAGCUUGUGCGCUCAAGCGCUACAAGAAGACGUCUCUGUGCUUCAACUGCCAAAAGCAAACCAACGGCGUCUUUAACAUUGCCAAGAAGCUUCGCGAAGAAGAGAAGGCGCGUCUCGAGGAAGAGGCCGCCGACCACAACGACUCGGACGCGUAAAUCUCGUCGAUAUUCAUCAACACAAGGACAUGACGUCGCGACCAA